AAUACCCAAUGCACGCCGGUAAGCAUUAUCAGUUAUUAAUUGUUUAAUAAUCGAACAACAACUAAGAAUUUCAAUCAUGAACGGAGCAAUUGUUGUUGUACUGUUUUCUAUUGUUGCUUUGGCGGCAUGUGAACCUCCCCGAUUCAGAUCGUUCUCCCGCCAACAACGUUUUCAACCCCAAAGGACUUCGGUUACUUUUGAAAGACAAGAAAUACAACCUGAAGAACCUAAACCAUCGUACGGACCUCCAGCUCCUUCAUAUGGCCCGCCUGAAUACGUACCCCCAGCACCUGAACAACCUACUACCACCGAAGUUUCAAUAACAACCGCGGAACCCCAAUCGGAACCUGUGCCUGUUAAUACAACCACCAACACCACGGCAAAACUGCAACAACCUCAAAACAAUUUCUUCAUAGUUCUCCCACCUCAACCCGAAAAAUACGUGUUGGUGAAUAACAAUGAACCAUUAGUAGCUGUUACAUCUGAGCAGUUAGUGAGAGUUCCAUCGGAACCAGUUUUUGCUGCGCCAGCAGGAAUUCCUUCGACCAACACCAGAAUUGUUCCUGCAAGGAUACUACAGGCUCCUACCGGUUCUUCUAGAACCGUAGCCGGAGGAGCCAUUCCUGGCUUUCCUUUCGCCUCCAGUGUGAGCAAUGUGGUGACACCGUUCUCACCUUUUGUUCAAGUUCAACAACAGGGUAACAAUAAAUAACAUGUCGGCGAUUCUAGCUUUGAUGCUUAAAGUUUGGGUUUUGAAUGAAGAACUUUAUCUUGCGAUGCAACAUAAUGUACUUUUGAUGAUCAUACAGUAAUAUGAAAUAAAACUAUUGCACAAAA